AUGUCCUUAAUGGUUAGGAAUGUUCAGAAGAGAAGGUCGUUUCAAAUGGCUUUCUUACUUGUAAUAGUAGUAAUUUUGAAUUCAAUCAUCAAUCAGCAUUCAACAUGUUUCGGAAUGAAGUUGAACAUUAAUUUACAAGGAGGUGUGCAAGUGGCCGAUUCUUUAGAGUUUCCCUUUAUGGCCUCUCUUCAAUAUUCAUCAGAUCCUGCAGUGAAUGCUCCAAAUCAUCGUUGUGGAGGAACCAUCAUUGCAAAGAAGUGGAUUCUCACUGCUGGACAUUGUGUUGUGAUGGAUAGGAAAACUCUGGCAGCUGAAAAACUAACAGUGAUGGUUGGGUCGAACAAAUUGUCGACGUGUAGCUUGAUUGGAUUCUUUGAUAAGAGUCAGUCAAUUCUCAGAUUUUGGAAUUGUGUGAGAGCUAGAGUGAAGAAUGUGAUUGUGCAUCCAACUUAUUUGAGCUCUUUUAGUAUUGCUGAUGUGGCCUUAUUGGAAUUGUAUGAUGAGCUUCCGUUUAGUGCAACUAUUCAACCUAUUGCAUUGACCCUGAAGAGGCCAUCCUUUGAUGUUCCUCAUGUGGUCUCUGGUUGGGGUUAUCAUGAUGAAACCAAUAAGGUUGCUGAUGUUUUGAGGAAGGGUUACCUCCCAAUUGUUCCCGAUGACAAGUGUAAUGCCUUGAGAUUGGGAAUGUCAACAGCAAGAGGACAAACUUGUGCUGGAGCUGGAGAAGGAGUGGAUACAUGUGCUGGUGAUUCAGGUGGACCAUUAUUCUUCUUUCAAAACAGUAAAUGGACUCAAACUGGAUUGACCAGUUAUGGACCAGCAGGUUGUGGAACAACAGCAAGUUAUAGCAAUCGAGGAGUUUACACCUCAGUCGAUUUCUUUAGUAGUUGGAUUAUGCAACAGACCAACAUUACUGCUCAGGGAAAUGUUACAAGAAUAUUGUACAGUUCGAGCCCUAGAGCACCUUUACACAUUUUUGCCUUACUACUUUCAAUCGUUUUAGCAUUUUUGAUAUAG